AUGGCGACAACGUUCGAUCACGGCAAGCUCUCUACUGAGCACCAGCGGGCUGAGAAUGUGGCGGAGAAGAUCUCAAACUCCUCCGGAACUGGCGAGCUUGAAGCGCAAAAUGUCGAACUGGAGGAGAAGGAGGCAGCGCGCGUUUUGAGGAAAGUUGACAUGAGACUUGUCCCUAUGCUUUCGCUCCUCUAUCUUGUUGCGUUUAUCGAUCGGAGUAACAUCGGUAACGCGAAGAUUGCUGGUAUGACGGAUGACCUCAAGAUGAACGGUAUUCAGUACAACACUGCCGUUACUCUAUUCUUCGUUCCGUACACAAUUCUCGAAGUACCCAGCAACAUCGUGCUCAAGAUGAUGCGACCAAGUCAUUGGAUGGCGAUCCUCAUGUUCUGCUGGGGUCUCGUCAUGACAUUGAUGGGACUCACGUCCAGUUAUGGUGGUCUGCUCGCUGGAAGAUUCUUCUUGGGUGUAACAGAGUCUGGCUUCUUUCCAGCAGCAACAUUCUUGCUUACUCUCUGGUACCGUCGUUUCGAACUUCAGCGCCGCAUGGCUGUCUUCUACGUAGCCGCCUCCCUCGCUGGUGCUUUCAGUGGUCUCCUCGCCUACGGUAUCGAACAACUUGAUGGACGCUCUGGACUCGCAGGAUGGCAAUGGAUCUUUCUCAUAGAGGGAUUGAUUCCAGUAGCGCUCGCGCUCAUCAUCUGGAAGAUUCUCCCCGAUAGUCCAGAGACCGCGAAGUUUCUGACACAACCGGAGCGCGACUUGCUUGUUUCCCGAUUGGCCAACGACUCCGGGUCUGGCCAGGGACAAGCCACCAACAGCGACAAGAUCGGAAAAGAACAGAUUCUUGCUGGUCUUUCCGACUGGAAGAUCUGGGCUGCUACGGUCAUUUUCUGGGGAAACACUGUUGGUGUUUAUGGAUUCACCGCGACCGUGCCCUCUGUUAUUCAAGGACUCGGAUAUACCAGUGCCAACGCUCAGCUCCUCACGAUCCCCAUCUACGUAUUCGCCGCUAUUCUUACCCUCAUCUUUGCGUGGGCCUCCGAUCUGACGCGCAAGCGCUCCCCAUACAUCAUUGCAGGCUACUCGAUCGCUGUGUGCGGCUUCAUCGCUCAGCUUGCUAUCCCCAAGCCCAAAUACCCUGGCAUCACCUACGGUUUCCUCUUCCCCGUUGCCGGUGGUCUCUACUGCCCCUUCACAUGUCUCGUCUCCUGGAUCGGCAACUCUCUCGCCCCAUCGUCAAAACGCGCUGUUGGCAUGGCUCUGCUUAUCUCCGUUGGAAACAUGGGUGGAAUCAUGGGCAGCAACGUGUAUCUGGCACGCGAAGCACCAAAGUACACGACAGGUUUCUCGGCUAGUUUGGCCAUGUGCUGCACCGCGAUCCUCAUGACUUUGGUAUUGAGGUGGGCGUAUGCAAAGGAGAACCGUAAGAGGGAUGAGCUGAUUGCUGAGCACGGAGAGGAGGCUAUUCGCGCGAGAUACUCCGAGCAGGAGUUGUUGCUCAUGGGUGACAAGAGUCCUUUCUACAGGUACACUUUGUAG